AUGGAUACAUAACUACUGAUUGUCGGAGCCUUGUUUAAAUGAGAACUUUGACAACAUUGUUGUUGUGCCACACAUACAGACGUCUAUCAAAUCUGUCAUUUUGUUUACUGUAAUGAUCUAUAUUACAUUACAUGCCAAAUGUCUUGUGAAACAGCAUAUCUGGUUUAGGCCUGUUUUAGGUGUACACAUUUUACUCACAGUACAUAAAUCUGUUUUUGACAGGUACCACUUGCUCAAGGUUUAAGCUGUAAGCUCAUUGUUGCCUUACUCUACAAAAAAGCAUUCUAUUUUGACAUUAUAUUUGACAAUCGGAGUAAAGUUUGUGUACAUUUUGUUUAUAUUUAUAUACAGAAAUUAUAGUGUACACUUAUUUUUAAUUAAAGCAAACUGUGUUUGGAGGUAAUAGAAAUAUUUCAAGUGCAGUUCAUCACGAACACAUACAGUGACACACACCCUGUUCUUGUUUUUGGAAAUAAGUGAUGCUAAAAUGAUUUCAGUACUUUACAAAUGAAAAGUCGAAACGUUAAAAAUAACUGUAUAUUGCUCCUUUCUACUGACGCACAAAUGCAAAUGGCAACAAAACAAACAUCUAAGGCUAACAUAUAUUUGUCUUUUACACAGCACUGGAUGCAAGUGAUAUGUAUCUUUCUUUGAUAGCGCUAUAUAUUAUACAUAGAAAGCCAUCAUCGUCAUAACAUGCAUUAACGGUGCUAGCGGGCCUGCUAAACUCUUGAGGUGAUAAUCUUAUGAGUGAUGGGCUCCUUGCCCUGUCUUCACCCUGCGACAGGUGCAUCUGUUCUGCAGCGUUACAGCUCUCUCUGGCACCUCACACAGUAAUCUCCUCCACCCUCAGUCUGAAAGCACUGCCUCCGUGUCUCUGUGCUUGUGUCUAUGCAAGGACGGAAACUCACACAUCCCAGCGGUACAUCGCAAAUGUGUACGUUCCUGCACCCUCAUACAGUCUCUCAGGGUAGCGGGUGACGACCGCUAAUCGAUGGGUCAUGCCUGUCUCAACCAGGUGGUCCUGUAAAUCCCAAUAACAUGGGUGGACCCGGAAAGAGGCAUUCCCACCCAUCAUACCCUGUCUGUCGCCAGCUGUGCCUGGGAGAUGUGUGUCCGUCCUACCAGCUGUUCUGUAAUCAUGACAACACCCAGGAUGUUUAACAAACACGAUGAGCUGGAGAGGUAGGGUGGUCAGAGUGGAAGAGGAACCUCUAAGCCGGAAGGAAGGGAAGCACUUCUGAAGUCCUUUGGAGAUUCGUGGAAUCAAGUCGUUUUUGUCAACCUUGACACCUUCACUGCCCCUCCUUUGAGAAGCUUAAUCGUCAUAGCCCACCUACUUCUGGUCUAACUUAUAUUCUACAUGCAAGGGAACAUGUUCCUGGCUUGUUCAUGGCUCGAGAUAAAUGAUUUGAUGGAUUUGCGAGGGGGUCUGCCGGCUGUAAAACUCCAACAAAACACCAAGGAUAAAAUCCCGUGAAAUCAUGGGAAGGCAUUACCCUGGACUAAGGGCAUUAUCUUGUAUACCGGCUGAAGACACAAGGGUCCUCUCGUUCACGUAAGCCCCAUAGAGCUACUCGUGGGUUAUAGGCUGUAUCGCUGGGAACAAUAUGCUAGUCAACAAGGGUAUGAAUAGGGGUUUGAGAUGAAGUGGGACGGUUGUUAUCCUGGAUAAACAGAAAACAAGAGAGGCCCUGACGGCAUGUCCUCAAACCAUCCGUUGUACGUAUUACUCAUCCAGCCGGAUUCCCUGGAGGAGACAGUCACCCUUAAGAGAAAGAAAUCAGGCCUACAAAAUACUAAUUGACUGACAGACAUGCAUAGGCAUGUGUACGUUGAUCCCGAGCGCGUAACACUGUUUGGUUGUCCCAGAGAGUGGCAGGAACACUGAAGCAACUAGUUAGCAAUGUUUUAGUGCUGGACUGAUAAAUCAGUGUUUGCAUGCCAGGGUCAUGUUCCUGUGGGUAUGUCUGGGUUUAUGCUAAUGUGUGUAUGCAGACAUGGGAGUCAGAGUUCAUCUGUUCAAGGAAGAGACACCACAAAAGAAGAAGAGGUUCAUUCCAUGACUCUUCUCUUUCUCUCUUUCACACACGCAUACACACACACACACACACAGAGGGACAGGGGUUAGGGAGGGGGUGGAGUAGGGCGAGUUGCUGUUAUUUUCUUGGACUUUGCUUCAGCCCUGUCUCAUCACUUGCAUACUCGGCUUUCAGCUUCAGACACCGACUCUUGUGCGGGGAAAAUCCUCCAGACUGAGACCGGGAUGUGUAAAAUGUACCACGAGGGUGUCAGGAAUUUCGUACUUUGCUUCCAAAACAGCUAAGCAACCAGGGGGCUGGAGAGAGGAGCCCACUGGAUCCCACACAUCCAGACCCACGGGCAGACCAGGAGCUGACAAACCUUCCCUUCCUCUCCGUGCCCACGACCUACUGCUUUUGUUUAUCGUUUUCCUCCUUUUUUGGGGAUGUGAGCCUCCCUCUCUUCUCCUCUCUCGAUCUAUGCCGGGGCCUCAGACAAGGAUGCCCACGGACCUACGGCGACCGUUGCAGAGUUUUGUGGGAUUCUCCUACGCCCGGUCUGACGGCGGGAAUGCUUGAGCGUGAGUGAAGAGUGGCCCCGCUGACCACCACGGAGUUCAGGAUUAUGUUCCUUGCUACGGUCGUGGCUCUGCUGGUUUGUUUCUUUGUGCGGAAGGCAGAAGUGACGGAGCCUGGGAGGGAAUGCUGGCGCGGGUCCUUGUCGGGUGUGGGUAGCAACUGGAGCUGUGUGGAGCCCUACCUUAUCUUCGGCCAUGGUAAGGGCAUCUAUCGGAUGGACCUGGAUGGAGGGAACAGAAAAAGGCUUGUGGCCGGGGUUGGAAACUCGAUUCUACUGGACUUCAACUACCAGGAGGGCAGAGUGUACUGGGCUGACAGGACCACUGGGGUCGUCUACAAGGCUGCAAUGGAUGGUGCACAGAGACAGAAAUUAUACUCAUCUGAAAAAGGCCUCUCGGGUCUUGCGGUUGACUGGAUUCAGAAUGUUGUCUUCUGGUCAAGUGAAGAAAAGGGAACUAUUAAAAGAAUGGAAGCAAAUGACAAAAAUGAGAGGACUGUUUUAAGAUAUUUAUCUCAGCCGUGUUGCAUAGCGAUCGACCCGAGUGACAGGUUUCUGUUUUGGUUGUCUGACGGCAUCACACCCAGUAUCCAGCGGUCAAACGUGGCAGGAGAGAUGACCACUACAGUUUUAAAGAUGGCUGAGAAACUCAGAGCACUGUCUAUCGACCGAACAGACAAGAGACUGUUCUGGGUCCAGUUCGGUUCUGAAGGAGAAAGUGCUAUUGGCUCCUGUGACUACAAUGGAAAUGUCAUCAACACAAUCAGUCAGCCUCUCCGGUCUCAAUCUCUUGGGAUAUUUGUAUUCAUGGAGCAAGUCUAUUACACUGAUGCCGCAUCGCGGGCUAUAAGACAAGUCAACAAGUACACAGGGGGAGCGGCGAAAAAAAUUAACCUGAAGCGGAUGGCGCACCCCCCCAUAGAUGUGAAGGUGGUACAUCCCCUUAACCAGCCAAUAGAAGACCCCGUGGCUGUCUCUCCAGGCUGUGAUGGACGCGCAGGGCCCUGUGUAAACGUGUGCUCCAACCCAACUGAACAGGGUCUUUGUCAGUGCAGCGAGGGCUUUACCCUCAGCAAGCACGGAAAUCAUUGUGAAGAUAUAAACGAGUGUGCUUUGUGGAGCCACGGUUGCUCCUUGGGGUGCGAGAACGUUCCAGGUUCCUACUUUUGCUCGUGCCCCCAAGGAUAUGCUCUACUGCCCGAUAGGAGAACCUGCCAAGAGACCUUCCCAUGCGAGGGGAACAUGACCCAGUGUGACGGAGGCUGUGUGAGAUCAGAGAGUGGGCCUGUGUGUGUGUGUUCUGAGGGGUCCACACUCCUGCCUGGGGGCCUCUCCUGCUCAGGGUGCUCCUCAGCAGACAGAGGAGGCUGCAGUCAGCUGUGCUCCCCCACUACCCUGGGCCACUGGGAGUGUGAGUGUGUGCCAGGCUACCGGCUCCACCAGGACGGGAGGCGCUGCUCUGCCACAGGACCAGCUCCUUACCUGGUGUUUGCUAACAUGGUGGAUGUCAGGAGAGUGAAUCUUGACGGGUCAGGUGACCAUAGACUCCUGGAGGAACCUCAGGGAAACGUGAUCGCCUUGGAUUAUGAUCCCGUCCAAAACAAAGUGUACUUUGCCAGUACGACUCUGAGGCAGAUUGAGCGGGUGGAUUUGUCCGGGGGGUCCAGAGAGGUUGUGGUGAGCGGGGGUCUGGACUCCCCUGAAGGGCUGGCCGUGGACUGGAUCCACCGCAGGCUGUACUGGACCGACCGGGGACUCUCUACUAUUGAGUGCAGCACUUUGAACGGGCUGGACAGAGAAACAGUGAUAAGGAAAGGGAUCCAAGCUCCAAGAGGAAUCGCUGUUCACCCUCUCGCAAAGAAGUUGUUCUGGACGGACAUGGGCCGGCGUCCGGCGGUGUUGGGCGCGGCGCUGGAUGGGCGCGAGCGCUGGGUGGUGGCUGACAGCGGGCUGGAGAUGCCUUGCGGACUGGCUCUGGACUUCCCUCAGGAGCGUGUGUUCUGGAGCGACAGCAGGACCAGGGCGCUGGAGAGCGCCAACCUGGACGGCUCGGAGAGACGGCUGCUGACAGAGAACGAAGUAGGGCGACCUUUUGACCUGGCGGUGUUUGAGGACCGUGUGUGGGUCUCCGACCGGGAGCGGCGCUCGCUGGGGAGCUUCGACAAACGCAGCGGAGAGAAACUGGAGCGUAUCCACGUUAACGUGGUUCAACCGGCGUCCAUUGUGGUGGUUCAUCCCAUGGCCAAGUCAGAAGCGGACAUGUGCCUCCACCAGAAUGGGGGCUGUUCCCAGGUGUGUGAGAGCAGACUAGGGCACCCUCUCUGUUCCUGCUUCCCCCACUACCAGCCCUCCGAGGGGGACAGCUGUGUACCCAUCACCACAUCCAGCAAACCAGCAGAGUCUGGAGAUUGGGGAGAGUCUGUAGAUCCAUUCUCUCUGAAGAACAAGACUCUGAACGAUGAGAGCAUGCCCCUGCCCCUGCCUGGGCUCUCCUCAGACGGAGAAGAGGCCGACGCCCACCUGGAGCACAGCAGCGAGCCGGCGCUCUUUACAGAGAAGAUGGUCUCAGACCAAGACGACUGUUCGUCUCUGCGCUGCGACGUGAACGCUCGCUGCCUGGUGCAGACAGGAAGUGCCAGCUGUGUCUGCCGAGACGGCUUCACUGGAGACGGAGACCUGUGUGUGGACGUGGACGAGUGUGAGGCGGGCGUGUCUCAGUGCAGCGUCCAGAGUUCAGAGUGUGUGAACACGGCCGGGGGGUAUGACUGCCAGUGUCGUCCUGGCUUCACUGGAGACGGGCACCACUGCACAGACGUUGACGAGUGCUCGCUGGGAUCACACAGGUGUGAUGAGAGGGCUGAGUGUGUGAACAGCCUGGGGAAGUACCUGUGCAGGUGUCAGGCUGGGUACAGUGGACAUGGACAUAGCUGCCACGAGACGCAGACCAAAUCAGCGCUGGUGACGACCCGCAGCCCAGUGGACCCCACCACCAGGGGGCAGCAGUCUGUGGAGAGCUGUCCCUCCUCCCACGACUCCUACUGUCUCUACGAAGGCACCUGUUUCUACUUCCCAGAGAUGGAGUCCUACGCCUGCAACUGUGUGCUGGGCUACAUGGGUGAGAGGUGCCAGUUCAGCGACCUGCAGUGGUGGGAUCUGCAGCAGGCUGAGCAGGAGAAGAGGAGGAACGUGGCCAUCGCUGCCUGCAUGGCCGGCCUCAUCACCCUGCUCUCCAUCGCUGCCUGCAUCACCUACUGCUAUGGGUCUAGGAGUUUGUUCCGGGAGCAUCCCUCGGUGGAUGACAUGAGCGUGAGCACCAGCACGGAGGAGACCACGCCUAACAACACCAGCCCGCCACGGUUCUAUGUGGUGCUGGAUGCAGCAGAGGGGCAGCUCCUCCAUGCCCGGGGUUGUUCCGUCAGAGCCAUGUGUCCGUCCUGCACCCCCGAGAACGCUGCCCCCCCUCCUCCCCCCGCCGUGUCCACGCAACACUCUGACCAGCGCAGGAACUCUGCUGCCACCGCGCUGAAGGGACAGCUGACCUACUGAGACCUUUAACGUGGCCGUGAGCGACCCUGGCCUGGUGUGUGUUUGACCAGGGGACAGCGUGAUGGAGGAGGCGGGAGCUCUGCGGGGAGGGCUCCGUGACGACGGUGACCAUGGAGACGAGGGGUGUUAACACCUCGCAUCCACCCACAGCCUCGAUAUCCUGGAGGAGCCACAACCUCAACCCCUCAGCUCAGCUGAGCAUGCUCACACGCACACACACACCCUGCACAUGCACACACACACCCUGCACACGCACACACCACACACACCUCCGCACACACAUACACAUCCAGCCAUACCCAACUAGACACACCCACACAAACAUACACUGGAAGAACAAUUGUUUGUCCAUUUUUAAUUCAGUUCAACUUCAUUUCAACAAUCCUGUUAAGAUCUUAAUUAUAGUUGCAUUUUUGUUGAUUUAUUUGUAUUAUUUUUCUUCCACGGCUCCUAUAAGAACACAAACAUGUAGUUAUACUACUUAAUUUACUAUAUGAGAAAUUAUAAUAUUUGUAUCGCAUAAUGUGAAAUUGAUGCUUUAGGUUGAGUAACCUUGCUGCAUAUCCCUCUGUGUCUUAUUUUGAAAUGUCAUGAAAUGAAAGUCAGAUAAGCUUUGAGUUGUUAAAACUGGUCAAAUUAUAUUUCACAUAAUUGAAAGUAACAAGCAGUAUAUAAUAUUGAUGCUACUGAAGUGUAUUAUACUAUGAGUUAUAAAAUCGGUAUAUUUCAGUACACUGUACAGUAUCAAACCCCAUGCUGUAACCAAGUUUUUACGUUGGUUUUUUAUUGCAUUUUUUUUAUCAACUGUUUAGCAUACAAUAUAUUUGUCAACUAAAUAAUGUAGAUACCGUAAGCAUUACCAUUGUAUUAGAAAAUAAAUCAAACCAGUUUGUUAGUCUGCUGACGCGUUCGUGGGCAGAGGCAUCUCGGAGGCUAGAUGUAUUUUCAUAUGUAGAUUGAGUUCUGGACCUUUCUAAUUUUCUAUACAUUUGUGUUUGUGGUAGAAUAUAAUGGCUGCAUUGUGUUUGCAGCGUAAACUUUUCAUUGAAAAAGUGGGAAGAUAUUUGUGACUUUGUGAAUGUAGAUUGUUUAAACCAAAAAACCCACCAAACACUGAUUUAUAUGGCUUUGAAUCAAAUGCUUGCAUAUUUUCUCUAGU